AAUAGUUUUUUAAUGUGAAAAUAUAUUUUAUUUGAAUCGAAAUGCCGGGUAACUCUUUAGGGCGCAGAUCAUCUACGAAUCCCGUAAGGAUAUCUUUGUUUGGUAGGGAAGAUAAAAGUUUCAUGCGGACAGAAUCGAGAAAAACACAAACAUUAAAACCAAAGAUUUUCUCAAGUGAAAAUUCUCAUAUACCAAGGCCUCGAAUGCGAGCUUCUUCGUGUGAUAGAAUAAGUAUUAAGGGAUCGGUAUUAAAAACAACAGCUAAAACUCCACUUCGUCAAGUACCGACAACUCCAAAGACACCAAUAACAAAUGCUAGCAAGCCUGCUGGUCUUCUUACAGCAGGAAGUUCAAGCAAAAUUCAUGCAGGACUUCCAACAGGACGUAGAUCUUUAUCAGCUGACCGUGCUAGCAGUAUCGGUGCUAAAGGUCCUAGAAAAGAUACAAGACCAUUAACAGACAAAAUAUAUCAGGCUCAUAUGCUUAGUAAAAUUGAUAACUUUUUAGCUAUAAAUCAUUGUUCUUCUAUGAUUAAUAGCAAUGGAAGCUUAAAACCUGUUACCUUAAAAAUGUUUGUUGAAGUCUCUGGAUAUUUAGUAAAAAUCUUGGACAUUAAACAAAUUUUUACAAUCACAAAUUAUGUAGAGGAAUUGCCAAAGGUUGCAAAAAAACUCCACUAUCCAGGAAUUAUUAAUAAAUCUUGGUUAAAAACUGCUAAUGCUAUGCAUUCUUGGCCAAAUGUUUUGGGCUGGAUAUGUUGGCUAGUAGAAAUUUGUGAAAUAAGGGAAAUAGCUUUUACAAAGUAUAAUUUAGAGGACCUACCAUUUGUAGGGAAUCAAAUAAACGCAGUAAUUAAUAAAAAUGCUUUUUUCUCAAUGCUAAAUUUUUAUAAUGCCUGGAAUGAUGAGAAAUUGGAUGAGGAAGCGUUAAUGAUCGAAAAAUAUUUACAAGAAAUUGAAGAACAGCAAGGUAUAAAUGAAGAAGACUUGAAUGCUGCGCGUUCUGAGCUAGAGGAAGAAAUGCUUAAAUUACAAGCAGCUGAAACAAAUUCAAAUAAAAUAGAUGAAGAAGUAAAACAUUUACAGGAAGUACUUUCAUCUUUACAGAACGAUGAAAAAAUGCAACUGAGUGAUAUCAGUGCAAAAGAGGAAUAUAUUAAAAAAAUUAAUUUCGAAGUAGAUCAAAUCAAAGUUGAGUGCAAUGUAUUGAGUGAACAAAUUUGUUUACAAGACACGCAGCAUAAUGAGUUACUUUCUAUUAUUAAGCAGCAACCAAUGUCUAAGACAGAAAGAGACAAAAUUUUAAAUAAAUGUACAGAAAUUCAGGAUUACAUGCACCAGUUUGAUGAAUAUUUACAAGAGAUACAAAAAGAAAUAUACACUAUGGACAUUAAAUUAGCAUCUAUUAAUAAUAAUUUAACUAAGGCAAUUCUAACAUAUAAUAAAGAAAUAUUUAUGCAUCUUAGUGGGGAUCUGGGUGUGAAUCUAGAGGAGCUAAAGAUGCCAGAGAAAGGUAUAUUGCAACCCGAAAUUAUGGAAGUAUUAAAUACUAAAGCUAAUUUAAUAAAUGAUUUGAAAGAAUUGUUGAAAUCUCAAAUUAAUGAAAAAGAAUGUUUGUUAGAAUCAAAUACUAAUGAAUUAGAGAAUCUUCAAGAGAGAAAAAAAAUUCUAGAAGAUGAAAGUAAUGAUGUUGCCAGUAAGAUUAAAGAAAAGAAAGGCCUUAUAAGUAAAAUCAAAGCUGAUGCUAAGCACGAAGAAACAAAAUUAAGGGAACAAAUAAAAAAUCUGCAAAAUGAUAUCAGAGAAGUUCAAGGUUUGAUGCCAAAUACACAACAACUUGCUGCAGAGUUAGAGGAAGCAACGGAUAAACUGGAUGCAGCUCAAAGAAGAAAAGCGUAUAUAGAGGAAUCUGCUAAAUUAUUUUUUGACAAAUUUUAUGAGAUUUUAAGUGAACAUAGGAAUAAGCUUGUCAGUAUAUUAACGAAACAUAAUAAAUGAUAUAGAGUAUGUAAUUUUUGUUGUAAUUAAUAAUCUAGGUUGCAAUAUUUUCAAUAUAAUUUUUAUAUAAUAACCUAAUUGUACAAAUAAGUGUAUUAUUACAAAUUAACUAUUGAAUAUUAUAUCAAAAGAGUUAAAAAACGAAUUGCGUAUAUCAUGUACCCAAAAAUAUUUAAUUAUAUGUAUAAUUAUGUACAAAUUGAAUCACUAUUCCAUAUUGCUGUAAAAAUAAAAAUUUACAUAAUUAAUAAUUUUA